CAAGAGCCAUGGUGGGACCAAGGCCAGUCGUUCUGAGUGGACCUUCUGGCGCAGGAAAGAGCACCUUGCUGAAAAGGCUGUUGAAGGAUUACGAGAACGUCUUUGGCUUCAGCGUGUCGCAUACCACAAGGAAACCAAGACCCGGCGAAGAGAACGGGAAAGAUUACCAUUUUGUGACCAGAGAAAAGAUGCAGGAGGAAAUUGAUGCCGGAGGAUUUGUCGAACACGCAGAGUUUUCUGGGAAUAUGUAUGGAACAAGUAAAGCCGCCAUACAAGCCGUCCAGGCUCAGAACCAGAUCUGCAUCCUGGACAUCGACAUGCAGGGCGUGAGAAGCAUGAAGAAGACGGACCUCAACCCCAUCUAUGUCUCCAUCCAGCCUCCUUCCAUUGAAACCUUGGAAAAAAGGCUACGAGACAGGCAGACGGAAACAGAGGAGAGCUUGCAGAAGCGGUUAAACGCAGCCUCGGUAGACAUGGAAUUUAGUAAGGAGCCCGGCCUUUUCGAUUUGAUCAUCAUUAACGACAAUUUAGACUCGGCGUAUUCUGAGCUGAAGAAGAUUCUUGCAGAGGAAAUCCAGAAGGCACAGGGGGCCAAGAAGUCCUGA